AUGCCUAUGGUAAGAGUUGCGACCAAUUUGCCAGACAAGGAUGUUCCUGCUAAUUUCGAGGAACGUCUCACCGACUUACUGGCGGAAUCCAUGAAUAAACCACGUGCAAGAAUCGCAGUCGAAAUGAUGGCCGGCCAGCGUAUUAUGCAUGGUGGUGUACGAAAUCCUGUCGUCCUAAUUAAGGUACAUAUACUGUACUUAUAA